CAUCACUUUCGCCCGUCCCUUUCCCCACCCUGUCCCACCAAGUAGGAUUGCACCUAACUCACGCAGACUCCCUCUCCUGCCGUCCCCCUUGGCUGGAAUAACUUCUGUAGAUUCAGGGAGGUUGGGUCUGCACUCUUGUCAUGCCAGAGCUGGACAUGCACCCCAGCCCUAGAAAAAUAAUGUGGACUCUCUGAAGCCCACAUGAGAGGGGCAGUCGAGUCUGACGGGGGUCUCUGUGCCUUCUUUCUGCUUCCGUGACUCAAAGCAUCCUCUUCCAAUGAAUACCCCAAGAAAUCCCGGCAGCACUAACCUGGGAUGAAGCCAACUCUGUCACCCCACUUCGAUCGCUUCUGGUUCCAGUGCAGAAACCUUCCUCCUGGAGAGCAGAUUUGGACUAUUCUCCUCCGUCCAGGAGUUGUGACUAUCCUGCAUUGGGUGAGCACUGCGUCGUAUGUGAACCGUGAGGAGCAGCUCAGAGGCGUGUUUUUCUAACCCUCGUGUAGGUGCUGCGGCUGUUCUAGUUUGCAAGGCCACUUUGAGGACUGACACGACUCUCUUAGGUCUUUUCUUCAAGAUGAUCGCCAUAUACUUACUAACCCAUUUGACUUCCACCGAAACGUCAGAGAGGUGUCAGUGGUGAUGAUAGCAGAUAACUUGCUAUGCAUGGGACAUUUAGACUUUGGAUGAGACUGCGCAUUCCACUGAAAUGUUCUCUUCUCCUCAGACCCUGUGAUGGAACCUCUGAAGUUUUGAACUCUUUAUUUGCCUUGUCUUUAUUUUUUUGGGGGGGAAAGCAAAGAUCCCGAGACCCUUCUCAAGACUUGAAUAAUACUUGAAGCCAAAUGCUUGUCAGUUUGGCCUGUGAUACGUGGAUGCUAUGCAAAAGGACCAAGAGAGGAAAAAAACUGGUACCCAUUUUCAGCGGGAUGGCUUCUCUCUGCCCUGGGUGAGCCUUCUGUAGUUUGUUUCCAGUAUAAGUUGAGCUCGUGGUGACUCGCCUAGUGAAAAACGGGGCAACUUUGAACCGUGGGAACUUGUGUUGGUGUGUGACUUUUGCAACGACUAAGUGGCACUUCGAAUUCAGUUUCUUUGCCAAAUGAACAUUGUCACCACGGUGCUGAAAAGGUGCUGGGUCUCUGACUCGAACCCUGAGCCGUCACUGAUCUUGUCUCUGGAAGGAUUCGCCCAGACAACAGACCUCCUGUGGAGCUCUUUGCCAGCCUGGAGGACCAGAGUGGUCUUGUCUUGGGAAAACUUGCCUCUCGAUACCUCUUUAUGGGUCAGCAGCCUGGAAAAGUUCUUGGGGACCCACGGAGGCCAAGUCUGCCUGUCCUGCCCUUCAUCAAAGGAGCAGGGAGGAAGGAGACCUCCAGGCAUGGAGGGACCCCCUGCAAUGUCUUUCUGGAACACGAAGCCCUUCAGAGGCCCGUGGUGUCAGAAUUUGAGCCCCAAGGCCUGAGCGAAGCCGCUCGCUGGAACUCCAAGGAAAACCUCCUCUCUGGUCCUGGCGAAAAUGAUCCCAACCUCUUCGUCGCUCUGUACGAUUUUGUAGCCAGUGGGGACAACACUCUCAGCAUCACUAAAGGCGAGAAGCUUCGUGUCUUGGGCUACAACCACAACGGAGAAUGGUGCGAAGCCCAAACCAAGAACGGGCAGGGCUGGGUCCCGAGCAACUACAUCACCCCCGUGAACAGCCUGGAGAAGCACUCUUGGUACCACGGCCCCGUGUCACGGAACGCCGCCGAGUACCUGCUCAGCAGCGGGAUCAACGGCAGCUUCUUGGUGCGAGAGAGUGAGAGCAGCCCCGGGCAGAGGUCCAUCUCACUGAGAUACGAGGGGAGGGUUUACCACUACCGGAUCAACACUGCUUCUGACGGCAAGCUGUACGUCUCCUCAGAGAGCCGCUUCAACACCUUGGCGGAGCUGGUCCAUCACCACUCGACAGUCGCGGAUGGGCUGAUCACCACUCUCCACUACCCAGCCCCCAAGCGGAACAAGCCCACCAUCUAUGGGGUCUCCCCAAACUACGACAAGUGGGAGAUCGAGCGGACGGACAUUACCAUGAAGCACAAGUUGGGAGGGGGACAGUACGGAGAGGUGUACGAAGGCGUCUGGAAGAAGUAUAACCUGACAGUGGCUGUAAAGACCUUAAAGGAGGAUACUAUGGAGGUGGAAGAAUUCUUGAAAGAGGCGGCAGUAAUGAAGGAGAUCAAGCAUCCCAACUUGGUGCAAUUACUGGGCGUGUGUACGCGGGAACCUCCCUUUUAUAUCAUCACGGAGUUCAUGACAUACGGCAACCUGUUGGAUUACCUUCGGGACUGUAGCAGGCAGGAGGUGAACGCUGUUGUGCUGCUCUACAUGGCGACCCAGAUCUCCUCAGCCAUGGAGUACCUGGAGAAGAAGAACUUCAUCCAUAGGGAUCUUGCUGCCCGGAACUGCCUCGUAGGGGAGAAUCAUCUGGUGAAGGUAGCCGACUUUGGGCUGAGCAGGCUGAUGACCGGUGACACGUACACAGCCCAUGCCGGUGCCAAGUUCCCCAUCAAGUGGACCGCGCCAGAAAGCCUGGCUUACAACAAGUUCUCCAUUAAGUCGGACGUCUGGGCCUUUGGUGUCCUGCUGUGGGAAAUCGCCACCUAUGGCAUGUCCCCUUACCCGGGGAUAGACCUCUCUCAGGUCUACGAGCUCCUGGAGAAGGACUACCGCAUGGAACGUCCCGAGGGCUGUCCGGAGAAAGUCUAUGAACUGAUGAGAGCAUGCUGGAAGUGGAGCCCUUCUGACAGGCCCUCCUUUGCUGAAAUCCACCAAGCGUUUGAAACGAUGUUUCAGGAAUCCAGCAUCUCUGACGAGGUGGAAAAGGAGUUGGGCAAGAAAGGCAUGAGGAGCGCCGUGAACACUUUCCUGCAAGCUCCGGAGCUGCCGACCAAGACUAGAACAUCCAGAAGGGCAGCCGAAUGCAAGGAUGCCGGCGAGAACUUGGAAACGGGGGCCUCGAAAGGCCCGGGGGAAUUUGAUCCCGCGGAACAUGAGACAGCUGUUUCUCCAUUGCUGCCACGGAAGGAAAGAGUGGUUGCAGACAGCAAUUUAAAUGACGAGGACCGCUUGCUUCCGAAAGACAAAAAGACCAACCUCUUCAGCGCUUUGAUCAAGAAGAAGAAGAAGAUGGCCCCCACCCCGCCAAAGCGGAGCAGCUCCUUCCGGGAGGUGGACAGCCACCCGGACCGCAAGGGAGGGGGCGAGGACGAGGCUAAGGACAGCAGCAACGGAGCCCUGAUCAUACACCCUGCGGAUGCUGAGGACCGUUCCAGGUUCCAGAGCUCCAGUAGCGAGGCUGGAGUGGCCAAUGGGAUUGUGACUGGGAACUCGGGGUUACUGUCCCCCCACCUCUGGAAGAAAGCUGGCCCUGCCGUGAACAGCCGGUUGGGGGCUAACGAAGAAGAGAGCAGCUUGAACUCCAGCAAGCGCUUCCUCCGGUCGUGCUCGGCCUCUUGCGUGCCCCAUGGGGCCAAGGACACAGAGUGGAAGUCCGUCACUCUGCCCCGGAACCUGCAGUCCGCCGGGCGACAGUUUGAUUCGUCCACUUUUGGUGGGCACAAAAGCGAAAAGCCCGCCCUGCCUCGGAAGCGGGCCAAUGAGACCAAGGCGGACCUGGCUGUGAGGGGGGCGGUGACCCCGCCGCCCCGGCUUCUCAAGAAGAACGAAGAAGCACUGGAAGACGUCUUCAAAGACCUUGAGUCCAGCCCUGGCUCCAGCCCGCCCACCCUGACCCCCAAACUGGGGAGGAGGCAGCCGCUCAUCCCUCCCACCCUCAGCCUUUCCCACAAAGAGGAAGCUGUGAAAGCCAGUGCCUUAGCAGGGAGCGCAGGGACGGAGCAGGGCCCAGCCACCAAAACUAGCGCGAGCUUGUUCGGUGGCGUCAGCAAGGCUUCCUCGGAAGAGCCGCGCCUGCGAAAGGUGAAGCCGGCUUCCGAGAAGGACAAAGGGAAGUUAUCCAAGCUGAAGCCAGCCCCGCCCCUUCCUCUCUCCUCCACUUCCCUUGGCAAAGGCGGCAAAGGGGGCCCCUGCCCGAGCCACGAAGGGCCUGAAGCGUCUGCCGCAAAAGGCAAGCUGCCAGCUCAGGCUACGGAUGCUGUGAAUGUCGAGACGCCCAAGCCAAACCCAUUAGCGGAGGGGGUGAAAAAGCCCACGAUCUCCUCCAUGCCAAAGCCCCCGUCCUCCGCCAAAUUGCUGAUGGUGCCAGCAUCCCCCUCUCCCACGUCUCCCUUUGCUGCCCCGGCCACCUCAUCCGCCCCCAGCGUGGACCAGCCGACCUCCACCGCCUUCAUCCCCCUCAUUUCCACACGUGUGUCCCUGCGGAAGACCCGCCAGCCUCCCGAGAAGAUCCCCAGCGGGACCGUCACCAAGGGCAUGGUCCUCGAGAGCUCUGAGGCCUUGCGGACGGCCAUCGUCAAGAACUCUGAGCAGAUGGCCAGCCACAGCGCCGUCUUGGAAGCCGGCAAGAACCUGUACACCUUCUGCGUGAGCUUUGUGGACUCCAUCCAGCAGAUGCGGAACAAGUUCGCCUUCCGGGAGGCCAUCAACAAGCUGGAGAACAACCUCCGGGAGCUCCAGAUCUGCCCCGCCACCGCCACGCAAGACUUUAGCAAGUUGCUCAGCUCUGUGAAAGAGAUCAGUGACAUUGUCCAGAGGUAGCAGAAGGUGGCCUGAAGUUUUGUCACCGGGGGCCGGAGUGGGUGGCAGGGUUGGCGACGCGGCAUGAAGCGCACGGGGUGGGACCCAGGAAAGGACUGGGGGGGUUAAUGGGGAUUAAUCAGACACCAAGCGCUAUCAAGUCGGAGCUGAUAAGACAUUUUGGUGCCGGGGGGGGGGGGGAGAUCCUCGCAAUCUGUCCGCCAGUGGACAUACCCCGCCCCCAACAUGGGGCACAGUUCCAUGGGAAGUUCUCCUGCACACAUACCUCCUUGGGCCUUGGAGAGCUUGGGCCUUGGAAAGCAGAACCUCCCAGCCAAUGGCGCCAACCCCCUGCCCCCACCCUAGUCUGUCUGUCUCAGUCUGCUAGCCUUAAUGGCACGCCAGAAAAAAAGACCAGCUGCCUUACCUUGGGCCAUCCCGCCUCUGCCAGGGACCUGUUGGGAGUCAUUUUCCUAACCCAGAUUCCCUCCCGGCUCUCCAAUGUUCAGAAUCCUCCGAUCGGUGGAGUUCUUGCAUUGGGGAAUGUCGACGUCUUAAAACAUAGAGGUGGCCUCCUUUUCAUCCACUUAACUAAUCCUCCCCCCUUCACUCUUUGGUGGUGGGUUUUCACAGCAAUAAUCCCACAGCACAGUCCUCCCACCUCCAUUGUCUUACUCCCCGCCCCCCCCCCACCAAUAACAUCAAAUUAGGCCUAGGGGCAUUUGGGGUGUGGCAUUGCAGCACCGUUGGGAUGGGGCCGGGAGGGUUUGCAGAGCGGCCUGCCGCCUUCUGUCUCUGCUCGCCUGCAACCUUGGAGAAGCCGCUGCCAGUCUGGGUAGACAAUACAGACCAGUGGUCUGGCUCCGUAUAUGGCAGCUCCCUCUGUUCCUAUGCCCCACAGUAAAUUGCCCUGGGAGCGUUACUCUUGGCACACCUAGAAAACUAGCAUGUCCGGGGAGUCGCAUUCUAGCCUGCAACGCUCAUCCUCUUCAUGUGAGGCCCCUCUUUGUUUCCUCCCUCUGUGUGUGUGUGUGGGGGGGGCAUCCCCUCGUGCCCCUUCCCGCUGCCCUGCCUGCCUGAGUUGGGUUCAAGACCCGGGAAGAGGUGGGCUUUGGUUGGUCAGUGCACAGCUUCCCGUUGCUCCUCCAAACCCACACACACCCUCAGUCACCUCCCCUUGAAGUGCCCUCAUGGCCAGCAGAGUCCUGGUUCCCUAGAGCAUGGGUCUCUGUGGGUCAGUUGUGGUCAGCUGUGCUCAAUCACUCCAAGUCCCACUGCUUCAGCCGAUUAACCUGUGCAGGUUGCCACCUCCAGAGGAAAGGCGGGCGAGAAAACAAGACAAAUAUUCCACUCUCCCUGUCCUGCCUUUGGGUGCAUCUUUAGCACUCUCCCGAGCCCCCUUUUGAAGUGGUUCCUCCCGUUUGAACUGUGACGUUUCUAAGCCCCUUCUCCCCUGCCCCUCUUUCACCCCACCUACUGUAACUGUUUUGUACCUGACAGUGAACACAGAAAUAAAUUGUGACUACAGGCUGCCUUUGGAAACACACACGCAGAACGGAAAGCGGAGAAGAAAAGCCCUUUCCCCGUUUGGACUGUCCUUUUUUUCUGAGGGUACUGAGUUCAUUUUGUUGAUAAUCUGUGGUUGCCACUAUAGUCUUCGUUUGUAUCUCAGUAUUACACACACCUUUUGAAGGCCUUUUGGGGGGGGGGUGUCCUUACAUUGUGUAAAUCAUGGUGUCUUUUUUCACUUCUAUAAUACCUGAAAAGCUUGGUCAUUCUCUUCCCCUCCCCAUUAUGAUUGUCCAAUGCAUUCCUCCUUUUUUCUGUACAUGGCUCUCUCUCGCUCUCGCUCUCUGACUUCUUGUUUGUGUUUGCUUUUUUAAAAUAAUAAUAAUAAUUCCAGA